AUGCAUAAUUUUCGUAAACUAAUUCGCAUCAAACACGUCCUGAAAGAAGUUUUCCCAAUAAUAUACAGAAAUGUCCACUCUACACCGAAACCCAAUAAUAAGAAACCUUUUUUCAUAAUUUUGUCAGUAUUUGGUCUCACAUCUUAUUACUACCUCCAUCUGGUUCCAAAAUGGUUGGAUAAGAAAACUCUCACCGAAAAGUCAAGUUUGGAAUAUGACGAAGUAUUGAAUCAAGAAAAUAUUGACUCAAAUAUCAGAUCCAAAUUGUGCACUAACGAAGAAAGUGCCAAAGCGCAGUUUAAUUUCAUAGACAAAGUGGUGAAGAAAUGUGCACCCGGAGUUUUUCAUAUCUACAUAACGAAUACAAAAACCAAUACUAAGCAAGAAAUUGGAUCAUCCCCGUUCGUUUAUGGUUCAGGUUUCGUCAUAAGAGAAGAUGGUUGGGCGUUAACAAACGCUCACGUCGUUCUCAAUAAAGAUUCUUUCAUAUCUUGUAAAAUGUCUGACGGAACAGUUUACAGUGCGGAAAUUGUUGAUAUAGAUGUGAACAUCGAUGUUGCUCUUCUUAAACUGGAUACAGACAGAGAACUCACGGCUUUACCUUUGGAAGAACCUGGAGUUGUCGAUGUUGGUGAAUGGGUAGUAGCCCUGGGAAGUCCGUUAUGUCUGAGUAACUCUAUUUCUGUAGGUGUCGUAAGUUCUGUUAAUCGAUCUGCUAAGGAAUUAGGACUUAAGAAUUAUUCAAUGUCGUACAUUCAAACUGAUGCGCUCAUCACCUUCGGCAACUCUGGUGGUCCUUUAGUUAACAUCAAUGGCAAAGUUAUAGGCAUAAGCAGUUUACGGCUCACUUCGGGAAUAUCAUUCGCCAUCCCUGUAGACUUUUGUUUGAAGUUUUUGAGGAAUUGCAGAACAUUCAACCCCACCAACCAUUCCGAUAGUUCCAGAGAGGAUGGUGAGAUGACACUUUUCGGUCUUACAACCAUUCCGAUAACUUCCGAUGUGCUGAUAGACCUCAUGCAGAAAAAACUUUUGACAUUUCCAAAAGAUGUAGAUGAAGGUCUCCUCGUAUGGAAAAUAUUGGAAGGCAGCUUAGCUCAAGAGUAUGGUCUCUCUGCAGGUGAUGUCAUAACACAUAUUAAUGGGGUUCCAGUCAAAUUUGCCGCUGAUAUCUAUAAGCUGAAAUCACAAAAGAAAAAUGUCGAAUUUGUUAUCAUCAAGAAGGCUACACAAGAAGAAAUAUCAUUAACUAUACCACUGAAUAAAGAUAUUAACUGA